CGCAAGCAUACAUCCCAAAGGGGACGAAUGGCGGUACCACCUGGUGGGCGGGACUGUUCCAGGUUCUGGUCUACUCGUAGCAAAAACUAAAAGCCCAUUAAUGGGCAGUGAACAAAGAUUGGGCCGAAGACAUCGACAAGCCGGGCAAAACCUGCCACAGUGCCGCCUACUCAUCGCCGUUCGUUGGUUCAUCAUCAUCCUCAUCGUCAAACUCUUCCCCACCCCAUUAAGAGGAAGAAGAGGCCAAGAACUGAGUCGAUCUAGCAUCAACGCACGAAAUGGAAGCAAUAUCAGGAAAGCUUGUCCAACAUUAUCUGGUAGCAGGGUGCUACCAGCGGAACAAAAAGUUCAGUAUUCAAUACCGAAAGGACCAUUUUGACCUUAUUAGGCAUGUCCUUCCUCCACCUUUCGCAGGGAAGUUGGCAUGGAAUAAUGGCAACUCCACCAUGCGACCUCGUGUGUUGUCAAGUUUAAGACAAGGAAAAUUUUACUGCAGUGCUGUACCGUCUAACACGGAUGUCCUUUCUGGCAAAAAGAUGGAUUUUUAUAAGCUUCAAAAUGGAAGUGAUAUCCGUGGUGUCGCUGUAGCGGGAGUUGAGGGAGAAGAUGUUAACCUCACAGAUGCUGUUACAGAAGCAAUAGCAGCAGCAUUUGCUGCGUGGUUGCUGGAGAAGAAGAGACACAGUGGCUCUAGAUCUCUGAGAGUAUCCGUUGGUCAUGAUUCACGAAUUUCAGCCAAACAGUUGCAGGAUGCUGUUUCUAGAGGACUUGCCCGCGCAGGCGCUGAUGUCAUCCAAUAUGGAUUAGCUUCAACACCAGCCAUGUUCUAUAGCACUCUUACAGAAAAUGAAGACUUAUGGUGUCCUGCUGAUGGAUCAAUCAUGAUAACUGCAAGCCAUCUUCCUUACAAUAGGAAUGGGUUUAAAUUUUUCACGAAUGCCGGAGGGCUGGGAAAAUCGGACAUCAAGGACAUCCUCACGCGUGCUGCAAAUACAUACAGAAAGGUUGCAGAUGAGCAAGAACAGAAAUCACAUGUCCUUUUCAAAAGGGUUGAUUACAUGUCUGUUUACACGUCUAAUCUUGUAGCAGCUGUUCGCAAAGCUGUUGGCGGUGUAGAAAAGCCGUUGGAGGGAUUCCAUAUAGUUGUUGAUGCAGGGAAUGGUGCUGGAGGAUUCUUCACUGAAAAAGUUCUUGAGCCUUUGGGUGCCAUUACUUCUGGGAGUCAGUUCCUAGAGCCAGAUGGUAUGUUUCCAAACCACAUUCCUAACCCAGAGGAUAAGACAGCCAUGAAAGCCAUAACUCAGGCUGUACUGGAAAAUAAGGCUGAUUUAGGCAUCAUCUUUGAUACAGAUGUUGACAGGUCUGCUGCUGUUGAUUCGAGUGGUCGCGAGUUCAACCGGAACCGCUUGAUUGCCUUGAUGUCUGCCAUUGUUUUGGAGGAGCAUCCUGGGACAACCAUCGUGACCGAUAGUGUGACCUCAGACGGCUUGACAGCGUUCAUUGAAAAGAAACUAGGGGGGAAGCACCACAGGUUCAAAAGAGGGUACAAGAAUGUCAUUGAUGAAGCUAUUCGAUUGAACUCCGUUGGCGAGGAAUCACAUCUGGCUAUUGAAACUAGUGGACAUGGCGCUCUCAAGGAGAAUCAUUGGCUUGACGAUGGGGCAUAUCUCAUGGUUAAGCUUCUGAAUAAGCUUGCAUUGGCAAAGGCAUCCGGAAAAGGGCACGGCAGUGAGGUCUUGACUGACUUGGUAGAGGGCCUUGAGGAACACGCUGUAGCGGUUGAACUCAGGCUAAAAAUCGACCAGUAUCAUUCAGAUCUUAAAGGAGGGUCCUUCCGCGAGUAUGGGGAGGCUGUUCUUGAACAUUUGGAGACUGCGAUAGACUCUGACGUGAACCUUCAGAAGGCUCUUGUUAACUACGAAGGGGUUAGGGCUUCUGGGUUUGGGGGAUGGUUCCUUUUGAGGCUCUCACUUCAUGACCCUGUCUUGCCUCUUAACAUUGAGGCAACGAGCAACGAGGAAGCUGCAAAGCUCGGGCGUUUUGUUUAUGAUGCCGUGAAAGAAUUCGGGGCUCUUGAUACCUCAGCAGUUGCGAAAUUCAUCGGAGUUUGAGAAGUUGUAGCGAGGAUACCUUACAUUGAAUAGUAAAAAAUUAAAAAAUAAUGUGCACUUGAAAGAAUAAAUGUUACCUUGUUGAAAUAAAUUGUUAUUGUACUGUACUAAUUGUUGAGAUUUUUUUUAGUUCAUCUUGAGGGGGGAUGUUAGACAAUAAUAAUAGUAUUACUUGUGGUAGUAUUGGUUGUGGUAGUGUUUCAUUAUUAGUCAGCUUCCUAAUCCUAUUUGUGGUAGAUGUUGUAUGUUAGUUAGUUUCUAUUCUAUAUUCCUAGUUGUGUUAGGAGUCUCUCCUAUAUAUACUCUAUCAUGUACUUCAUAAUUCAAAAGAGCAAUAUUAUUAUUCCAAUAUUUCGACAUUUAUUAAUUUAUUUUAUUAAAAGAAAGUGAAACAUAAUUU